AUGGCCGGAUCAGCUACACUCCGGACGACUGCCACAGGCCUAAGGGCGCCAGCAACAGUUCCGGCAAGCAAGAGGAAGCGCGGCCGCCCUUCAAAAGCUGCUUCAUCAUCGCCGAAGCAAACCUCUGGAAGGGAACUGAUUUCACAGAAAGCUGGCAACGAUUCAAGUGACGGUGAAGAAGAUGAAGGGACAACUUUACACGGCAUUUCUUUAGCUUCAGCCCGCUCAAGGUCUGUCAAAGCUGCCAGUGCUAAACGCAAACGCAAGAUGGCUAAAUUUCAACGGGAGGAUAGUGAGGAGGGUCAGGAGGAGAUUAAUAAUUUUCUUCAUCAGGCUCGGUCGUUUGGGGACUUUUUUAUUGAGCGGAUUAAUAUUCAGUCGUCGAUGGCCCUUUGGAGCUCCGAAACCGACGAUAACCUUAGGUCUAAUUACUUUAUCAACAUCCAACAUCUGUGCAAGAAAUCUUCUGGAACACCGGUCACUGAACGUUCUCUAUACUUCGCCUUACUACGCCAGUGGCUUCAAGAGUAUAAUAAAAGCCACAGAUGCAAGCCGAAAGCACAAUUCUGGCCUACAAGGGUCAUCUUCGUCGGCGAUUCGGAUUCCGCAGAGUUAGAACUCUGGGUAUCAGAGUCGAAAAAGGCCCAGCUAUCCGAUGUAGAUGGCUAUGUUGCGCUUUCCCACUGCUGGGGCCUUCCAACGAAGACAGAGAAGGAGCAGUUCUGCACGACACAAGAAAAUUAUCGCCAUCGAUUAAAAGGGUUCAGCAUGGAUGAUUUGCCGAAGACAUUUAAAGAUGCUGUUGAAGUCACACGAGCACUCGGAAAGCAAUACCUUUGGAUUGAUACUGUCUGUAUCAUUCAGUCGAUUGAAGGCGCAGAUACUAACGACUGGAAAAUUGAAGCUAGGCGUAUGGAACAGGUCUUCGGUUCAGCCUACUGCACUAUUACUACUAGUUCAGCAGAGGACUGGACAAAGGGCUUCCUUGAGUGGAGGCCUUCUCCUCGCUUUAUCCAAGACGCCUUUGGACAGUGGACAUAUUUCGGUUCUGAUACAGCGGACUACACAAAAGACAUAGAUGCCGCUCGUCUAAACCAAAGAGCUUGGGUCCUUCAAGAGAGAGUGCUGUCUCACCGAACAAUCCAUUUCACUGAAAGUCACGCGUUCUGGGAGUGUGGCGAUGCAGUGCGUUGCGAAAACUUUACAAAAAUGAAGAGUCCACCUGGAAGGGAACACUUCCUUGUUGACCCAGAAUUUCCGAGUCGUCUCUAUAUCUCAGGCUAUUCUCGCACAAUUGACUUCAUUUAUUUCCUUUUCGAGAAAUACGCACAGUCUGGCUUGACCGCGAAAUCAGACAGGGUCGUUGCGAUUUCUGGCUUGGUGAAGCGGAUGGAACUUCCGGCUACGGGCGACCUGCGAUUUGACACUGAGCAGGAAAGAGUAUUGCUCGUCCAAGUUAGAGCGUUCCAAAACUAUACAAUGGUACAGAAAGACAGCGAGUAUACCAUUCUUGACAAGGAUUCAGUGAUUGUCGGGGGUUUGUCCUUCGAUAUACCAACCUAUAUUCAUUUUCAGCAUUGUGUUGUCAUUGGGAUGCAGUGGACCCCAGCUCAGGUGGAAGAUACUGAGAAGACUUACCAUAUUUUACUUGUGAGAAAAAUUCGGUUCGAGAACCAGUACGAAAGAGUUGGACUUGGAGAGAUCGAGGCACACUACGUAUCCGAAGAUUGUUGGAAAGGGGAGCUCUGCUGA